AUGUUUUCUCUAGCCAAGCUAGCGUACUGUGUUUGCAAUGACGAUGAAAGAGCAUUUUAUGAUGAUUUGGAGACUUUAAAAAUCGAAAUUGCACCAUGCUGUAUCGAUGUGUUGAGAUACCUGAAGAACGAGACAAAAUCAAAUAAUAUUGAUGACGAUUUUGAUUUAAACUAUGACGGGUCAACCGCAAUCUCACACCGUGACAGUACCCCUUCAUACCUGUUGUCGAACUCUUUUCGAGCCACAUCGUCCGACGACGAUGACAUAUACGGUACAACUACUGACUCGAUGAGCGAAAAGGCCGCAGCCAGUGGACACAUGGAGUGCUUGGCGUUCGCCGAAAGUCGCGGGUUCCCGUGGACGCGAACCAUAUGCGUCCAGGCUGCCAUCGGCGGACAGCUCGAGUGCCUUAAGUACGCGCGCGACCGGGGCUGUCCGUGGGACGAGUCGGUGUGCGAGUACGCCGCGGCCAACGGAAACUUGGAGUGCCUGGCGUACCUCCGGGAACAUGGUUGUCCGUGGGACUGGAUCGUGUGCGAGAAAGCGGCCGGUCGUGGCCAACUCGAGUGUCUAGCAUACCUCCAGGACAACGGGUGUCCCUGGGACGCGGCCACGUGUGAGGCGGCCGCGGCCGGUGGGCACAUCGACGUACUGCGGUACGCGCACGACCACGGCUGUCCCUGGGACUCGGCCACGUGCCGGGAAGCCGCGGCCAACGGCCACCUGGCAUGUCUGGUGUACGCCCACGAAAACGGUUGUCUGUGGGGCAGCACAACAUGCGAAGCAGCCGCGGCCGGCGGCCACCUGCCCUGUCUAAUGUACGCGCACAAUAACGGCUGCCUUUGGGACAUGUCCACGUGUGACGAGGCCGCGUCAAACGGACAUGACCAAUGUCUGCAAUACGCGCUGGAAAACGGUUGCCAGUGGGACGGAUGCAUUCCAUGA